UAUUGGCCCCUGGGGGUGGGUUUGUGGCCGGGGCAGGGCCGUUGGCUCCGUUUGCUCCCUCCCUCCUUUGCUGCCCUGUGUCCGGAGCCGCUUCACCGCCUCAGGGGCUGCCCCGGGGCCGGAUGCAGAACCCUCUGGACCGGUAACUGCAGCAGCGGCUCUUGGGGAGGGCCGGAGCUGAACCACGCGGCUCAGCCCUUGAGGUUCGCGGCCGCAGCGUCGGGUGCGAUGCGGUACCUGUGCCGGGGCUGCCCGAGCGCGGCUGGAGAUGCAGAGCACCCCGAGCUACCUGUGGAGCACCGAGGACUGCCUGGGCCGGGGAGCCACAGCCUCCGUCUACAGAGCUCGCAACAAGAAAUCGGGGGAGCUGGUGGCUGUGAAGGUCUUCAACAGCAUCAGCUACCGGCGGCCGCAGGAGGUCCAGAUGAGGGAGUUUGAGAUGCUGAGGAGGCUGAACCAUAAAAACAUCGUCAAGUUCUUUGCAGUAGAGGAGACAGGCGGCAGCAAGCAGAAGGUGCUGGUGAUGGAAUACUGCUCGGGGGGCAGCUUGCUGAGCGUGCUGGAGGACCCAGAGAACACCUUCGGCCUGGCUGAGUCCGAGUUCCUCAUCGUGCUGCAGUGUGUGGUGGCAGGGAUGAAUCACCUGCGUGAGAACGGUGUGGUCCACAGAGACAUCAAACCAGGCAACAUCAUGCGGCUGCUGGGGGAGGACGGGCAGAGCAUCUAUAAACUGACCGAUUUUGGGGCCGCUCGGGAGCUGGGCGAUGAUGAGAAGUUUGUGUCUGUCUAUGGGACAGAGGAGUACCUGCACCCGGACAUGUACGAGCGUGCGGUGCUGCACAAGCCACAGCAGAAGGUUUAUGGGGUCACCGUGGAUCUCUGGAGCAUCGGUGUCACCUUCUACCACGCUGCCACCGGCAGCCUCCCCUUCGUCCCCUUCGGGGGCUCGCGCUGGAACAAGGAGGCCAUGUACAAAAUAACCUCCGAGAAGCCUCCUGGAGCCAUCGCAGGGGUCCAGGGGCAGGAGAACGGGAGCAUCGCAUGGAGCUACGAGCUGCCCCUCACCUGCCGCCUCUCCACGGGGCUGAAGGAGCAGCUGGUUCCCAUCCUGGCCAACAUCCUGGAGGUGGAUCAGAGGAAAUGCUGGGGAUUCAACCAGUUCUUUGCAGAGACCAAUGACAUCUUGACCAGGAUCGUGGUGGACGUCUUCUGCCUGCCACAGGCUUCCUCCCACCGCAUCUACAUCCACUCCUACAACACUACCACCACGUUCUUGGAUGCUGUCUUCAAACAAACGAACAUAGCCCCUCACCACCAAGAGUACUUCUUCGAAGGGCAUCCCUAUGAGCUGGAUCCCAAUCUGCAAGCUCAGAACUUCUGCAGAACCACAGAGCACAGCCCUCUGACCUUGCUGAGCAUCGCCGAGCAGCCGGAAGACGUGGUGGGAGUCAGAUACAGAGACCCGGCACUCGCGUUCCCAAAGCUGGUCCCCAGGGUGGACGUGGUGGCCGACUGCAGAGCAGCCAAGAGCGCGGUGGGUGCCGUGCACCAGACCCUGCGCAUUGCCCGUGCCCUGCGGCGCUGCCGGGAGCUGCUGGCGAGGGGCCUCCACUGGGUGAUUGGGAACCUGAAAACGGAGUGCGUGAGGGUGCUGGAGCAGAAGAGAGGGGCUCUCUCGGUGCUCUCCUGCCUGCAGCUCACUGAGGUGAAGACCCCCGUGCUGUACGAGGCUGCUCCUGCAGGCAGUGGGGUGCUGGCUCUGAAGGAUGUGGCCAUGGUGAAGACAAGGCUGCAGCGGGUCGCUGAGGAGCUCUCUCAGUGCUCCCCCAGCAUCUUUGACUUCCAAGGGGCUCUGGAUGGGGUUUUGGCUGAGCUGGCAAAGCACGUGCAGGAAGUGCAUGAAGACAAGAGCAUCCAGCGCAUCGAGUGCUGCUUGGAGGAGAUGCAGCUCAUCUACAAGCAGUUCAGGAAGGCCAGGACGAGCCUGCGGCUGAGCUACAACGAGGAGCAAAUACACAAGCUGGAUAAGAUGAAUUUAGGACAUUUGGCCAGGAAGGUGCUCUUGAUUUUCCAGGAUGCUUGUGUGGAGCAGUACAAGGAGGCCCUGGCCCUCCAUGGCAGCAGCAUGAGGAAAGUCUGUGAGAUAAAGAAGCACCUGAAGAGGCUCAGCAAACACAUCAGUGCCUGCAGUGUGGAGAUGAUGCAGUGCCAGGACUGCCUGCAGAGCGCUCUGGACAGGUUUCUCCAGCCUGAGCAGCAGAGUCUGGCUCCAGUUCCUCCUGCUCCUUCCCCCAUCCCCGUGAGCCAGGCACACCAGGACAUGGCUUUCCGGAUGCAGGAGCUCCUGGAGCAGAUGAGGUCAGUAACUUGUGAUCUCCAGCUCAACAACAGCAUCAUCGAGCGGUUGCGUGGGGCUGCCCCAGCUCCUGGUGAACUUGCAGCUGCCGAAGCCAACAGCAGGGAACACUCCCAGCACUUUGGGUCCAGGGCGAUGGAGAUGUCUGAUGUUCAUGUUUGAGGAGCUCCCUGUCUCCUACCUCUCCCCUCCAGCACUUUUGCACCAUUCACCAGUGUUAGCUCUGAGGGGCUCGAACACCUUGAACCUUUGAAAGUUUGACCAGAAAAUAAGAUGUUUUGGGGUUUUUGCCUUUUAAAAAGUGCUUGAAGUACUUCAUGUUUUUCUAGUUUCUCUGUAUCACCAUGCCUGGUGGUGAAGAGGAAGAGGUUAACAGCUAAAUUCUCUUUUGCCCUCCUGUUAUGGGAUUACUCCCACUUUUAACAUACUUCUGGUCCCUGGAGUGGGCAUGAGGGAUGCUCUCUCUGAUGGAUGAGAGACUGGAUCCAGCCCAGGACAGCUCCAGCAGUGGGAAGGUGGGAGCCACAGACCUCAGCCCACUGGUGCUGCCACCUCUCCUCCCAUUUCCCCCCUUGGGUUUGGGAAUAGGAAGCCAAAGGAGGAUUCUCUUUUUGGGUAUGUUUCCAGCCAAUGCAUUUGAGUCAACAGCAGUGGGGAUGCUGAGAGUGCCUGCAUGGACCUGCCCCUCCAUAGAGAACACAGCUCCCGGCUCUGCACUUCACCUUUCCUCCCAUUCCCUCGCUUGCCUCUUUGCUGGAUGUGACACACAUCAGCUAAAGCAAGAGCCUCCAGCCAAGCCUGGGCCUGCCCUGACCAUGCUGCUUGCCCAGAGGCAUCCCCAGCACCUCACCUGACAGAGGACAGGGCAAGGGGGUGCCUGCCGUGGAUGCUCCUCACCCUCCCCAUGGCAGGGGUUAGUUCCAGCCUCUGCUGGAGACCUGCGGGCACGUAAGGCAAAGCAGUGCAGCCCUGGAGCUGCACGCCUUGCUCUGAGCUCAGCCAGGAAGCAGAACGAAGCAGGAGCAGCAGCUCCAGGGCUGUGCUGGCUUUUCCUGCCUGUCAGAACAGGCCAAGCACGCCCAGGAAACCUUCCCGAGUGGAAUUUGGCACCAAACUUCCCCAUCCAUUUUAACUGUAAAACCCAACAUCCUGACUGUCAAACGCAGCCGCUUGCAGCAGCAGAGGUGGAACGAAGCCAUCCCUUAAAAGCUUUUCUCCCACAUAUUAUUUUCUAGGAUUCGCCUCGUUUUCCAAGGCACAUUAGUUUUAAUCCAGCUCGAA